AUGGACACUAAAGAAAGUGACGAGUCUGGGGUUACGAGACCAACCGAACUUCCACUUCAUGAUUCAGUUUCUAAGAGAACAGGAACGUUGUGGUCGGCGGUGGCACAUAUAAUAACAGGAGUGAUCGGGGCAGGAGUGUUGUCAUUAGCUUGGGCCACGUCGGAGCUCGGCUGGAUCGGUGGUCCGGCCUCCGUUAUAGCCUUUGCCGCAGUCACAAUUCUCUCUGCUUUUCUCCUUUGCGAUUGCUACCGUUUUCCCGAUCCCGUCAACGGUCCCCUCCGACUUAAUUCUUACUCUCAAGCCGUUAGAUUGUAUUUAGGGAAGAAGAAUCAAAUCGUAUGCGGGGUCUUUGUAUACAUUAGCCUUAUUGGUUGUGGCGUUGCUUAUACCAUUGUAACAGCUACUUGCAUGAGAGCAAUUCUGAGAUCGAAUUGUUAUCAUAGAGAAGGACGCAAUGCAACAUGUUCUUAUGAAGACUACAACAACUACUUCAUGCUUUUGUUUGGUUUGGUUCAGGUCUUUAUGUCACAAAUACCAAAUUUCAACAACAUGACAUGGCUCUCUCUUAUCGCUGCGAUCAUGUCUUUUACUUAUUCCUCCAUUGGCCUUGGUCUCGCGUUUGGCCAAGUCAUAGAAAACCGACAAAUCGAGGGAAGUAUAAGGGGAAGUCCAGCAGAAAACAGAGGUGCAAAAGUAUGGUUAGUGUUCCAAGCUCUUGGGAACAUUGCCUUUGCCUAUCCUUACUCAAUCAUACUUUUUGAGAUUCAGGACACAUUGAGAUCGCCACCGGCAGAGAAGCAAACGAUGAAGAAAGCCUCGACGACUGCUGUAGUCAUAACAACAUUCUUCUACCUUUGUUGUGGAUGUUUUGGGUAUGCGGCCUUUGGAGAUUCCACCCCUGGAAAUCUCUUGACCGGUUUCGGAUUCUAUGAGCCUUUCUGGCUAGUAGAUUUCGCCAACGCUUGCAUUGUUCUUCAUUUAGUUGGUGGAUAUCAGGUGUACAGUCAACCGAUUUUUGCAGCGAUGGAGAGAUGUUUAACCGAGAAAUACCCACAAAACAAGUUCAUCGCCAGAUUCUACGGCCUUAAACCACCGUUUUCAAAAGGAGGAGCGGUGAAACUGAAUCCAAUGAGGGUGUGUCUGAGAACGACGUAUGUGGUGAUGAUAACGGGAGUGGCAAUAUUGUUUCCAUACUUCAAUGAAGUGCUUGGAGUGUUGGGGGCUCUUGGGUUUUGGCCUUUGGCUGUGUAUUUCCCUGUGGAGAUGUGUAUAUUACAGAAGAAGAUCCAAGUUUGGACACGACCAUGGCUUCUUCUUAGAGCUUUCAGCUUCAUUUGCUUGCUCGUCUCUCUCUUGGCUCUUGUUGGAUCUAUUCAUGGACUUGUCGGAGCAAAAUUCGGAUGA